UCGUGAAUGAAUGACCCUUGCCUCGCCCUCGCGAGUCUCGCUUAUGUUUACACGUCUAGUUACCGAUAACGUGCGGGGAUUGUGAAAGCAGCGGUGUGGGAACUUGUCUACUUUGCUUUUAGGCUAGGCCUACACAUCAGUCACCCGUAGCCACACGUAGAGGGGCUGUUUAUGAUUAGAAGUUGGACUAGAUCUAGUUGGAGGCUACUGGGAGGUCAUUCCUACAUGCGAAGUGACACAGAUUGGAGGACCUAUCGGCGACCAGAAAUCAAGAUGUAAAGGUCGAUUGUCAAGAAGUUGCAGUCAAGAAUUGAAGGCCAAGAUUGAUGAGCGCUAGAAGCGUGGAGCUCAGUCCCAUGAGGUGUCCAAAUUCAUGGCACAGAAGCAGGGGCAUCAGCAAGUCUCACCCAGGAAGUCACGCUACUACCAUGCAAAGUCUAGCAAGAGAGAGCUCCAGGAGAAAAGGGCGGCUGUGGCACGUCGCAGAGCGCAUGCCACUAGACAUGUCGUGGGCAGAACGGGCUGCAACAAUCCGGAAACCCGCAAAAGUGUGGGAGCUGUCCUCAUAGCUGUGGGCGUACUCUUUCUCAUUGCUGGGAUCGUCAUGACCAUUGUGGAUGCCACGGACAAUGAGCAGAGAAAUAAAUACCCUGAAAUCUUCGCAGUGAUUGGUCCAGUUCUUAUAGUUCUAGCUGUGAUCAUUUUGGUAAGCGGUAUUACCUUGAGCACACCUGUUAUGUCUCGUGCUCUCCACCACUGUUUCUCAUUUGAUGACCCUGAGAGUUUUUGCCGGGUUCACUGUCCACGUUUCAGUCACUUUCUGAAGCCUGACACGGCAGUCCUCAUCAACCAAGCCGGGAUGAAAGCUCUCAAGGUAGAGCCAGGUAAAUCAGCUUUGAGGCGACAGCCAGCCGCACCACCAGACCAAGAGAAUCACAUUAUAACCAAGGGAGGAUCAGAAGAUGUGGAGGCUCAAUACAAUGUACAAAAUCCUAGUGAGGUGGGUACAAUAAGCUGUGAUGUAGAUGCUGAAAGGAAACUGGUGAACAACAACAGCCAUGGUCGGAGCAGACUUGGGAGCAAAGGCGUUCGUUUUUCAGAAAGUGACGAUGGUGAUGCUGUUCGAGAGGCCAGGGCUCCAUCUGUUUCUUCAUCUUCUGACCACAAUGGAUCAAUGCUGUCUCUAAGACACUGUAAAGUACACCCCAAGAAUGGAAUAUGGUGGACAGACAGUGUGAACCCGCAGCCAAAUGAAAUGUCUGAGUCAGAGGGUCAUUUAACAACUGAACUUUAAAAGCCAGAUGUUUUGAAAUACUUGGCUGGUUUUUUUUGGGGUUUUUUUAUAGAUGGAGGCCAUGAAUUUCUACACAUUUAAGUUCUAAAGUAAAAAAUGGAAGAAGUGGUGGUGUUAAGAUUAAGGUCUGUUUUUAAUAAAAGAAUGGAGACAGUUGAACAGAUUCAGGUUGCAAAGUCAAUGUGUGGAGAGAAAAGUUAUGUUUCUCCUGAAAAUGUUUAUCAAAUGUUCAGUCCCAAACCCCCCAUUAAAGACAGCAUUGUGUUAAUGUUUCUGCCCUCAAAGCCGGAGAAAUUUGAUCAGGUAGCUCACAAUAAAAUAUGUUUUGUUUUAGAACUAAAUGAGAAGAAUGAAGACAUAAUAUUUUGCUAUUUCCUGUUAAACUAGCUUUCACAUUUUGCUGCUUUGCAUCCAGCAGGAAUGAAUUACUUUACUGGUAUAAGUAUAACCUUUUUGUUCUCUGACAAGUUGUCAAUAAAGUUGACACGCUUUUCCUGUGAUGCUGCAUGAAGAAGAUUUUUUUAAUAGUUCAUAGUUCCACCUUAUUUACAUACAGGGACCAGUUUCUACCUCUUUUUAAAGAUCUUUUUGAAGAAUAUUUUUACUAGAGUUAUGUUGGUAAGAGCCUGAUGAAGGAAAGAGAUGUAAAGGGAAUUGUUAGCAAUUGCAUUGCACAGGAGAGAGAAAGAGAGAGAGACAGAUAGACAAGGAGAGAGUGGUAGAGAGAGGGAGGAAGG